AUGCCGUCUCCUGCUGCUCUUGAUUUGGGAGAGAGGCAACAGAGCCAUUUUGCAGACAGCGAUUUGUAUCUUCACGUGGGCUAUAAAUCAUCAUCUCGUAUUCCCAGCUUUGUGGCCCCACGGCAGAAGUGUGAACUUUGGCUCUGCGGAUGCGUCUUUACUUUGGCCGAUGUCUUGUUAGGAGCUACCCUGCACCGCCUCAAGUUUCUGGGACUCUCUAAGAAAUACUGGGAAGAUGGCAGCAGACCUAACCUACAGUCCUUCUUCGACAGGAUACAAAAACGCUUCGCCUUCAGGAAAGUUUUGGGAGAUAUACAUACCACGCUCCUCUCCGCAGUGGUACCCAAUGCCUUCAGGCUGGUCAAGCGGAAACCUCCCUCCUUCUUCGGAGCCUCCUUCCUGAUGGGAUCUCUGGGGGGAAUGGGAUAUUUUGCUUAUUGGUACUUAAAGAAAAAAUACAUCUAGUGCUGGCUGCUUGGUGUUUAGUUUGGUGUCUCUGUGCUGUGUGAAAAUAUGAUGAAGCCUCAGUAACUGUAAUGAAAUUGAAGCAAGGUAAUGAAUAAUUAUAUUGUUUAAUGUAACAUUCCAUAGUCUAGAAGUAGAAACAUACACUGCAAGGAAAUAAGACAACAACAACAAAAAAAUGCCUCAACUUGUAAAUGCCUUUUUUAGGUUUAAGUAUUCAACUCCAGCGAGAGGCUCAGGGGUUCACGGGCUCAGCUGUGCCCACCGGGAAGCGACGCCGCCUCCGGCACCGGCCGGCUCCAGUGGGAGAGACGGGAACCCCGGGAAGUUUCCCGACACCCAAGUUAACUAAUGGGACUCGGAUACUUGGUCCUGUACGUUUGUGUUUCCAAAUUGUUCACUGGCCACAUUUCACACACGCAGUAGCGGGGACUUUCUUUUUCUAGAAGGCGUUGUGUUGUCGUGCUCGGAGGCUUUCCCGGGAGCUGAGUGCAGUAGCUGGUCACAGUCAAGGUGGAUUUGUGUUCUUCAAGAAUCCAUUUUUUAAAUUAUUUUCAUUAAAAGGAAUCUUUUUUAUUGAGCUGCUCUUAGAGUGUAUCCACUUUCUACGUCUGGUUUUGGUGGGCAUUUUUAAAGAAUUUAAUGUCCGUCUUUAACUGCGGCACUUUUUUCCCCAGAUAAAUCAUUUUGACUUCCAUCCUGAAUUUUGGCAUAUGAAGAAGAUUAUUGUUUUAAGCCUUUUGGCUCUGUCUCUUGAGUUUUCCUUCACGGAUUUGCAAAGCAUCUUUCACCGACUGAGCAUAUCUGGACUCUGAAAAAUUAUGACCAUUUUCAGAACUUUUCAGCACUUUCCUGAAGGCACUUUGGCUUUCUCUUUCAUCGGGGGCUUUUUUCUGUCAUUUCCUCGCUGUGUGUUUUCUUAGAGACACUUUGCACAGAAUCACAUUGAUGACUUUCUUGUGCCUUUUGCAUGUCGGAAAGAAUAACAGGCCUCACUGCUACUCAUGCUUUGAAAACUCAGAUCCUCAAUAAACCAUAUGGGAGGAGUAA